AUGCAGCGAAUCCAACUUCUACAACGUGUCGUUCCUCGCGUGAAUGGUACCAGGACGCUGAGCCGGACACUCGUCGCCAGCAGCCCACGCCAGGCGGCAGGCAACAAUAAUCCAGUUGAUGGCAAGAGUCAUGCAACCGGCGAGAGCGUCGUGCCCGACCCCGUACAGCGAGCGGCGCCAGAGGGUCUAGAAAAGACUCUCCCCGAGAGCGUGCACCCUACGAAAGGCAGCAGUAUUGAUCCACACAACGAAGAUUCUAGCUUCAAGAGCCAUGCCACGGGGCCGAGUGUCGUCCCCGAAUUUGUCCAAAAAGCCGCCCCUGAAGCCUUGGAGAAGGCGCUCCCAGAAAGCAUUCACCCGACCAAGGGGAGUGAUAUUGAUCCUCACCCGGGGCAGACGAAGACCCCUAAGUAG